AUGACUUUAUCUGCUAAUACCAAAUCUUUAAUUACUGAUACCAAAUCUUUAUCAAAUACCAAUCAACAAUUAAAUACACCACCAGCAUCACCAGUAGGUUUUGAAAAAUAUUAUACCCAAUUUAAAAUACAGUUACAUCAUAGUGAUUUAAUGCCACAACCAUCCAAGAUAAAAUCAGAAGAACCAUUCUCAUGGUCAGAAAUUGAAUUUAUUAUCAAAACCAAUCAACUUGAGAUUUUUGCUAGAUCAGAAGAACAAACUAUAAAAUAUCAUAAUUUCAAACGAUGGUUAAAAGAUUCAAAUACACUGGUUAAUGAUUAUCUAUUGAAUCAUGAAUUACAUUGGAAAGAAUCUGAUAUUAGAGAUCAAGAACAUGAUUUACCACAAGAAUAUUCUAUUGAAUAUCCACAAGAUUUAAUUUUUUACAAUAAAGAUGAUAUCUCAAUAUUAUACAAUAAAUUCCCAUAUUAUUUCGAUACAAAUGUAAAGCAUUUGUGUAUUUGGUCUAAAUUAAGAAUCCCUGUUGAUAAGAAUAGUCCAGAUGGUGAUAUUUCUAAUAGAACAAGAAAAAUUAUUCAUAGAUAUCUUGAAAAAACAUUUGUUGAAAAAGGUGGUCUUUCAUGGGAUCAAAUUGUAUGGUUCAAAAAUUGGUUAACUUUACAAAGUGUUAGAGCCAUUAGUCAUAUUCAUGUCAUUUUACGAGACGUUGAUGACAAGUUCAUUGAGGAGUUGAUUGGUGGAAGUGGGGAAGUCUUGACUUUAGAGGAUUAUAAAAACUUAUAG